AGGAUAAUCCGUGGCUUUGCAAAUAGAGGACAAUCGAGGCACAUCCGAACUCUCUCGCGCACACACAGGCGUGUACUCAACAGCGCAUUUGCAGGGGUUCACAUCACGGUUCGACCACCUCUCCUCCCUUGAAUUAUGGACACGUGCCGCCAUCCUAUUUAGCCCCUUAACAUAACAAUAAUCUUUUUCGCUCUUCUCCGGUGUUUUCUGCUGAGGGGGCACCAUCAGCUUAAAAGAAGAGCAACUCUCGCUGCCGCCAUUCCCUUUGCCGGCAAACACCUUUGCAUUUAAUGCUGGGCAGACUUGUGCGCUCCUGCGGGGCGGUGGCGCACGCACCAGCCGCGUCGUGUCCGCUGUGGACGUCAAUGCGCCUCUCGCAAUCCCACAGCUCUGUGGUGAAGCGCCCCAGCAGACGGCGGUACGCGGCGGCCAACACACGCGGCCGUGUUGGCCAGGCGAAGGACCUGCUGACGUUGAUGAAAGCGAAGCCUGCGGACGAGGCCAAGGCGUUCUACGACGGCCUCCUCCCACGCGACAAGCUCGACGUAGUGCGACUGCUGCAUGAGAAGCGUAGGAAGCGGAAGAACGACCACAGCGCCAGCGCACUGCCCAAGUUCUACAGCGUCGUCUUCGAGAAGAAUUACUUCUUCAGAGAAGAGGACGUGAUCGAGGAGAGCACGCUGGGUCGUGGCCCGGGCGGACAGGCCACCAACCGCCGCAUGCAGACAGCUAUCGUGCGACACGUGCCUUCGCACAUCAUCGUUAAGUUCAGUCGCUUUCCCUCACUGUGGCUCAAUCGACGUGCUGCACGUGAGCUGCUGAACCUGCGGCUGGAGGAGCACCUUCUGGGUCCGGCGUCACGUCUGGGCAAGGCGCGCGUGGCGCGAGAGCGACGUCAGCGUCGCCGACAACGCACGGUGGAGUACUUGACUCAAAAAGGCAGCCGCCUGCAGGCGAAGGAGGCGCACGAUUGUCGCUGGGCCGCGUUUCUCGAGGGGACGGUGCCUUUGCCGGCGAGCGCCACCCAGCAGAUGGGUUUGGCAGCGACAGGAGACCCUGUGACGGUGGCUCUAUUGUUUGGUGCAGAGUGUCGCAGCUGGUGGCCCAAGGUGGCCGCUGCAGUGCACGCCGCUGUUGCCGCUGCCGCUGCGACGAGAGAAAGCAGCAAGAGGAACUUCGUCAAGGUGCCGCUGCUGCUGCGCCACCUCUUCCCUGCAACGUACGCCGGCGCCAGUAAAGCUGAACACGAGCAGUUUGAGAAGUGCAAGGCGAGCGAGACCGCACGGGCGAACGUUGCGCGCGCCUUUGUGUGCUUCUGCGAGCUCUUCGGGCUGCGACUGCGGUGGGAUCCAGAGCGCCUUUCCAAUGCAUCGCACCAGCGAUGCUCUCUCCAGAGGGAUGGCUUGAACUGGGUGGAGUACCGCCCACGCAUAUGUCGCGAUGGCCAUCUCACCCUUGUAGCCCGAACAUGUUGGCCACACGUGUACGUGAGUCUGCGCGAACUGAACAUGCAGGCGGAAGCACGCGCCAUUGUCGUCUUUCUCAAAAGAGAAGCGAAGUCUUCAGGUCACGGUGAGUCGGCGGCGUGGGCGCAGGAGGCGUUAGCGUGUCUCAAGCAGGCGGUGCGUGAGACUAGAUCAAGCGACUCGCAAGACACUCACACCGAGGGAAUCACAACCGACAAUCCGGCGACUCACGCAUCCGCAGUUUGA